AAAAAUGGGACCAUAACGGUUCAUUAGUGCAUAAGAGAACCAGUCUCGCCUUCCCUCCAUGGAACACCCAUUGCUGCCAACCCCGACCGCCAAGUUCGGGAGCAAUGAACAACGUCUGCGCUCCCUCCAUUUUUCCUCAUAGACAAAACGUCAAUCAUUAGGUCCAAUGAGUUCCGCGACAAUGGCAUGCGCUGCCACUCGGUCACUCCGCCCUUCUCUCCCCCCGCCCUCUUCUUCAUCUUCUAGCUUCUUCCCCGGCGGGACUUCUCUUUGGUCCCACAAAAGUACCUUGAUUUCCCUCUCUCUCUCUUCUUAUUCCACUUUGUCUCAGUUUGGAGAGAAAAAUUCGGCGAGGCGCUUUGGGAGAUUGAUUGUGGCUGCAGGACCUGAUUUUUACUCCACUCUCGGGGUCUCCAAAUCUGCUAGUAGCAAAGAAAUUAAGGCAGCAUAUCGGAAGUUAGCUCGAGAGUACCAUCCAGAUGUCAACAGGGUGCCUGAAGCUUCUGAAAAAUUUAAGGCGAUUAAAUAUGCUUAUGAGAUACUAUCAGAUGACAAAAGGAGAGCUUUAUAUGAUCAAUAUGGCGAAGCUGGGAUUAGAGGUACUGUAGGGGCUCAAGCUGGAGCUUACACGGCAAACCCUCUUGAUAUUUUUGAGACGUUUUUUGGGGCUGGUCUUGGCAAUUUCGGAAUGGAUGCAUCUGGCUUUGGGACUGGGGCAACAGGUCCCCGAAGAACGAGUUCCAAGGGUGAUGAUUUACGUUAUGAUAUAACCUUAGAGUUUAUAGAAGCUAUAUUUGGAGCUGAAAAAGAAUUUGUCCUCUCACAUCUUGAAUCGUGUGGCGUUUGUGAUGGUACUGGAGCCAAAGUGGGCACCAAAAUGAGGAUUUGCUCAACGUGUGGUGGCAGAGGUCAAGUUAUGAGAACCGAGCAAACACCUUUUGGCAUGUAUUCCCAGGUUUCUGUAUGUCCAAAUUGUGGAGGCAAUGGUGAAGUGAUUUCUGAGUUUUGUAGUAUAUGCUUAGGGAAGGGGUGGAGACGAGUGAAGAAAGAUAUCAAAGUCAAAAUACCACCUGGAGUGAGCAAGGGCAGUAUCCUCAGAGUUGCUGGUGAGGGGGAUGCAGGUCCACAGGGGGGACCUCCGGGAGACCUCUUUGUUUAUCUUGAGAUUGAAGAGAUACCAGAGAUUCAAAGAGAUGGCAUAAAUCUAAUUUCAGUCAUUUCAGUUAGUUAUCUUGAUGCAAUACUGGGAGCUCUUGUCAAGAUUAAAACAGUUGAAGGGACAACUGACCUCCGGAUUCCUCCUGGUACUCAACCUGGUGAUGUGCUUGUCUUGGCAAGCAAAGGUGCCCCUAAGCUAAAUAAACCCUUAAUACGUGGCGACCAUUUGUUUACUGUAAAAGUUAGUAUACCAAAACGUGUCAGCGCAAAGGAACGACAGUUACUUGAGGAGCUUGCGUCCUUGAAUAGCAGGCCUGUGUCUUGGAAUAAAACUCUUACCAACAUUCAGCAAACCGCUAGAAGUACGGAGAGAGAAAUUGAGUCCUGGUCUGCUAUUGAGAGAACCGAUGAUAUAGAAGAUAAUGGCAUCUGGAAAAGAUUAAAAGACUUCGCUGGGUAAAUUUCUUAU